ACUGUGAACAAGUGCAGCCUCCACUGUGGCUACAGACUCUAAUGAAUGCUUGCAAGCAAGCGAGCGAUUUCAGUGUUCAGGGAGUUACUAUUUCCCUUGUGAUGGACUUGGUUGGAUUGACUCAAUCUGUUGCUCUCGUCACUGGAGAAAAUCUGAACAGUGUGGAAACUGCUCAGCCUCUUAGCCCUAACCAGGGAAGAGUAGCUGUGGUCAUCAGACCUCCUCUUUCUCAAGGCAAUCUGAGAUACAUGGCUGAAAAGACAGAUUUCUUCAAGCAUAUAGCUUUGACUCUUUGGGACCAGCUGGGCGAUGGAACUCCUCAGCAUCAUCAGAAGAGUGUGGAGCUCUUCUAUCAGCUGCACAACCUCGUUCCAUCUUCUAGCAUUUGUGAAGAUGUUAUUAGUCAGCAGCUGACUCACAGAGACAAGAAAGUAAGAAUGGAAGCUCAUGCAAAGUUUGCAGUGCUAUGGCAUCUCACACGAGACCUUCAUAUUAACAAGUCUUCUUCCUUUGGCCGUACCUUUGACAGGUCUUUGUUUAUCAUGCUGGACAGCCUUAAUAGCUUGGAUGGUUCUACAUGGUCAGUGGGACAAGCCUGGUUAAAUCAAGUGCUUCAAAGACAUGAUAUUGCAAGAGUUCUUGAACCUUUGCUCCUACUACUUCUCCAUCCAAAAACUCAGCGAGUUUCUGUUCAGCGAGUACAGGCUGAAUGUUACUGGACUAAAUCUCCCAAUCACCCUGAAGAAGAAAAUGAAAAGCAGUUCUUGCAGAAGUUUAGCUGUGCUGAUGCAUUUUCCCAUGUGCCCAUAAGCCAAGGACAACUUAUUAUACCUAAAGAAGGCAAUGAAAAACAACUUGUUAUGGAUGAAAUGGAGAACUUCAGCCUGACUGUCAACCCUCUGAGUGACAGGCUUUCCUUGUUAAGUACCAGCAGUGAGACCAUACCAAUGGUUGUGUCUGAUUUUGAUCUUCCUGACCAUCAAGCUGAAAUACUGCAGAGUUCUGACUCUGGCUGUUCUCAGUCAUCUACUGGAGACAACAUCAGUUAUGAAGUGGAAACAGAAAGCUUGAGUGCUCAAGAUAGUUCUCAGACUCUGAAAGAAGACUCACCUGAUGAAAUCGUGCAACAAGUGCUUACAGAUCUUAUCUGCAAAGUUGUAAGUGGACUUGGAGAAGAGGUUGAACCAGUUAAAGAUAGUCUACACUCAGAGGAUACUUCGUGUGCAUUCAGUGCUUUGGAUAGCUCUGUAGAGGUGACAAAAAAUGAAGAUCAAAAUAUUCAAAGUAGCCAGAGUAGUUUGCUUAGUAAUGACAGCUCACAGUUGCUAUCAGCCUCAACUGAAACUGGACUUGAGAGCUUAGAAGAUGAAAUUUCAAGAAAUAACUCUUCACCUUGUAUUGCAGAAAGCCAGCAAUCCUUCUCUGAUCUCACUCUUUCUUCCACUGAGUCAAAGCCCAGAAAGCGAAGCCACAGCAGUAUUCAGUUCAGCUUUAAAGGAAAGCUACCAGAAAAGAUGUCAGAAAAAGAAACAAUUGUUAAAGAGGCUGGUAAGCAACCAGGUGCAAAACCUAAGGUGAAAAUAGCCAAAAAGAAAGAUGAAGAGAAGAAGAAAGCACAAACAGAAAAGCUGAAACAAACAAAUGUCUUCUUUAGUGAUGGUCUUGAUUUAGAAAAUUGGUAUAGUUGCGGAGAAGGAGAAAUAUCAGAAAUAGAAAGUGAUGUGGGAUCGCCAGGAAUGCGAAAAUCUCCUAACUUCAAUAUCCAUCCAUUGUAUCAGCAUGUGCUGCUUUAUCUCCAGCUGUAUGACUCUUCAAGAACACUGUAUGCUUUUUCUGCAAUUAAAGCAAUUCUGAAAACAAACCCUUCAGCUUUUGUCAGCGCUAUCUCCACCACCAGUGUCAACAAUGCAUACACUCCUCAGCUUUCAUUGCUCCAGAAUCUUCUAGCCAGGCAUCGAAUAUCUGUCAUGGGCAAGGAUUUCUAUAGUCACAUCCCAGUUGAUUCUAACCAUAACUUUCGGAGCUCUAUGUACAUAGAAAUUCUUAUCUCCUUAUGUUUAUACUACAUGCGGAGCCACUAUCCAACUCAUGUCAAAGUAACCUCACAAGAUCUAAUAGGAAACCGUAACAUGCAAAUGAUGAGUAUAGAAAUUCUGACACUUCUCUUUGCUGAGUUGGCAAAAGUGAUAGAAAGCUCUGCAAAGGGCUUUCCUAGUUUUAUUUCGGACAUGUUGUCCAAGUGCAAGGUUCAGAAAGUGAUCCUGCAUUGUCUGUUGUCUUCGAUCUUCAGUGCACAGAAGUGGCACAGUGAAAAGGUAGCUGGCAAAAACAUAGUGGCUGUAGAAGAAGGUUUCUCUGAAGACAGCCUUAUAAAUUUUUCUGAAGAUGAAUUUGACAAUGGCAGUACACUGCAGUCACAGCUUUUAAAAGUACUGCAGCGGCUGAUUGUGCUGGAACACAGAGUAAUGACUGUGCCUGAGGAAAAUGAAACAGGGUUUGACUUUGUCAUAACGGACUUGGAGCACAUUGGUCCCCAGCAGCCCAUGACUUCUCUUCAGUAUUUACAUUCCCAGCCAAUAACCUGCCAAGGCAUGUUUCUCUGCGCAGUGAUACGAGCUCUACACCAGCACUGUGCCUGUAAAAUGCAUCCCCAGUGGAUUGGCCUUAUCACUUCUACGUUGCCUUACAUGGGAAAAGUUCUUCAAAGAGUGGUUGUUUCAGUGACUCUUCAGCUCUGCAGGAACUUGGAUAAUUUAAUUCUGCAGUAUAAAUACGAAACAGGGUUAUCUGAUAAUAGGCCUCUCUGGAUGGCAUCAGUCACUCCCCCAGACAUGGUUCUUACUUUAUUAGAAGGGAUCACAACUAUAAUUCAUUACUGCCUCCUGGAUCCUUCUACACAGUAUCAUCAGCUUCUGGUUAAUGUAGAUCAGAAGCACUUGGUUGAAGCACGCAAUGGGAUCCUCUCUAUCCUGCAUAUGAUCAUGUCUUCUGUGACUUUGCUGUGGAGCAUCCUUCACCUUGCAGAUUCUUCAGAGAAAGCUACUGCUGCUGCUGCUGCAUCCAUCACCACGAUUAAUCUUGGGUCAACAAAGAAUUUGAGGCAGCAGAUCCUGGAACUUUUGGGUCCAAUUUCAAUGAAUCACGGUGUUCACUUCAUGGCUGCUAUUGCAUUCGUAUGGAAUGAAAGGAGGCAAAACAAAAAUACUUCUAGGACAAAGGUUAUACCUACAGCAGGUGAAGAACAACUUCUGCUGGUUGAGCUGGUUCGCUCUAUCAGUGUUAUGAGAACAGAGACUGUUAUACAAACAGUGAAAGAGGUUUUGAAGCAGCCUCCAGCCAUAGCAAAGGACAAGAAGCAUCUUUCACUGGAAGUCUGCAUGUUGCAGUUUUUCUAUGCUUAUACUCAAAGGAUUCCAGUGACCAGCUUAGUGGACAGCUGGGCAGCACUGCUGCUUCUGUUGAAAGAUUCCAUCCAGGUUGGUCUUCCAGCUCCAGGACAAUUCCUCAUACUUGGUGUUCUUAAUGAAUUCAUCAUGAAAAACCCAAGUCUGGAGAACAAGAAAGAUCAAAGAGAUCUCCAGGAUGUAACACACAAGAUAGUGGAUGCCAUUGGGGCAAUUGCUGGUUCUUCCUUGGAACAGACUACUUGGCUCAGACGAAAUUUAGAGGUUAAACCUUCCCCCAAGAUUAUGGUUGAUGGAAACAACUUAGAAUCAGAUGUUGAAGAUAUGUUGUCUCCAGCAAUGGAAACUUCAAAUAUAACUCCAUCUGUUUACAGUGUCCAUGCAUUGACUUUACUUUCUGAGGUCUUGGCUCAUCUCUUGGAUAUGGUUUUCUACAGUGAUGAAAAAGAGAGGGUUAUUCCUUUGCUUGUAAAUAUUAUGCACUAUGUUGUGCCCUACCUCCGUAAUCACAGUGCUCACAAUGCAUCCAGCUAUCGAGCCUGUGUCCAGUUACUAAGCAGUCUUAGUGGGUACCAGUAUACAAGAAGAGCAUGGAAAAAGGAAGCAUUUGACCUCUUUAUGGAUCCCAGUUUCUUCCAGAUGGAUGCUUCAUGUGUUAACCAUUGGAGAGCUAUUAUGGAUAAUUUGAUGACACAUGACAAGACCACAUUCAGAGAUUUGAUGACACGAGUGGCUGUGGCUCAGAGCAGUUCCCUCAAUCUGUUUGCCAACCGAGACGCUGAGCUGGAGCAGCGCGCUAUGCUCCUCAAGAGACUCGCCUUCGCAAUUUUCAGCAGCGAGAUAGACCAGUACCAGAAAUACCUGCCAGACAUACAAGAAAGGCUGGUAGAAAGUCUCCGGUUGCCACAGGUGCCCACCCUUCAUUCCCAAGUGUUCCUGUUUUUCAGAGUAUUGCUUUUAAGAAUGUCUCCACAGCACCUUACCUCCCUUUGGCCAACCAUGAUCACUGAACUGGUACAAGUGUUUUUACUGAUGGAACAAGAGCUCACUGCUGAUGAAGACAUUUCCAGAACUUCUGGCCCAUCUGUUGCUGGUCUGGAGACAACGUACACAGGUGGCAAUGGUUUCUCCACGUCCUACAACAGCCAGAGGUGGCUGAACCUGUAUUUGUCUGCUUGCAAAUUUCUGGACUUGGCCCUAGCUUUACCAUCUGAAAACCUGCCUCAGUUUCAGAUGUAUCGUUGGGCUUUUAUUCCAGAAGCAUCAGAUGAUUCAGGCUUGGAAGUAAGAAGACAAGGUACACACCAGAGGGAAUUCAAACCGUACGUGGUGCGUCUGGCAAAGCUGCUGCGAAAAAAGGCAAAGGACAAGCAGGAGGACUUUAAGGCGGUGGUUUUGGAGGGAGUGGAGAUGGCCAAGCAUCAGAAGAACCCGGAGGAAGAUGGCUCAGGGAAAACACUAAGCUGGGAACCAGGUCACUUGCUUUUAACCAUCUACACUGUUCGCAGCAUUGAGCAGCUUUUGCCUUUCUUCAACGUACUCAGCCAAGUUUUUAACAGCAAAGUCACAAGCAGAUGUGUUGGACACUCAGGGAGCCCUGUCCUUUACCCCAACUGUUUUCCAAGUAAGGACAUAAAAAUGGAGAACCUCAAGACCUUCUCCAGCAAAGCAAGACAGAAGAUAGAAGAAAUGGUUGAGAAGGAUUUUCUUGAAGGUGUCAUAAAAUCAUGA